UCGUUGCCCGCGCGAACGGCCAUUUUUAAAAAUAAAACUUUGCGUCACGCAUCCGCUCCAAACCAUAAACUAAAACAAAUCAAGCGCGACACUUUUAAAUUAUAAUUACUUUCUGUAGCCGACACAAGUGAUAAAUUUAUAAAGUAAAAUAGGUAUUUGUAUUUUAUCAAUGCGUGCAAUUGCGUUUGCAUAAAUUAACUUUUAUUUUGUAAAAUUCUUAAGUGGAAUUCUUAUCGAGUGUAAAAAUAUGAUCGGUUAAUUCAAAUGCAAAACAAUAUCAAAGCUUUAAGAAAUUUGAAGAUAUCUAGGACUUACAAAAUGGAUUGGCGCGAGAAACUGUUUGGAAAAGUGUUGGUAAAGUGUUCCUCAGGGCAAAAUGGACAAUUUGAGAAUAUUCCGACUUUAGAAGCCUUAAACGACUGUGUCGAAGAAGGGGAAGGUGUUGUGUGUGGAAUUUACUUUUCGUUUGCUAACAUUAGUGAAGAAAGUGAUGAUUUUGGUGUGCGUUUGGAGGAAGUGUAUAAGAAAGUGUUUCCACGGCUGAAGGUUGUGGAGGUAGUGUUGUGGGCCCAUGUGGGGACACCGGAGGGUCCAGUGGAGAGGGAAGCUGGGUUCCGGAGGAGUUUGACCGGGAAGCCGUGGUUUGCUGUGCCCUUCCACGACGUGGAUACCAAACGCCGGCUAACUCAAAAAUACAGCAUCGCAGUGGGUGUCCCGACCCUCAUAAUCCGGGGACGGCCGGUCCGUGCUUCCCUGCUAGCCGAUCCAACUGCCUCGGGCUUCCCCUGGCCCCCACCGCCUUUACAUGAAGUGCUGAGGGGGGUACAACUUCAAGGGGAUGGGAGUAAAGCGUAUGAGGAGUUGGAAGAUGGUGUGAGGGUGUUUUAUUUUGCUGCGCAUUGGUGCCCACCGUGCCGCGCCUUCGCUCCCAGCCUCUGCGCAGCGUUGUCAGCUGUUCGGAAGCGACGCGCCAAAUAUGCGAACACACACCUCAUACUCGUCUCUAGUGACAGGAGCGAGCAAUCCUUCACCCGAACAGUCCAGUCAGUGUCCUCCGUGGGUGCUCUCGCUGUGCCCUGGGACGCGGCCGAGGCCCGAGCGGCUCUCCCAACGGCCCUGGGAGUCGCUGGUAUCCCUGCCUUGGUUAUAACGGACGCGGCAGGGAAGGUGCUGACAGCAAAUGGGAGACAGCAUUUAGCUGCAGAUCCUUUGGGAUUGAACUUCCCUUGGGCACAGCGGCCGGUAUCGGUGUUGACAGAACAGGCGUUGCUGAAGAUGGCGCGACAUCCCGCCGUCGUCUUAUUCAUUGACGAUGAAGACUCCGAGAUCGAGUUCGCCGAAUCCGUCCUGACGCCUUCAGCAGAGUCCUAUUACGAGGAAUGCAGCAUCCAGUUCCCAGGGUUCUGCCCCUAUCAAACCUCUUCCGAUGAUGACACCAUGGACUUUGACUACCCCACGUCUAGAGCUCACAAGAUUAAGAAGAAGCCGUUUAAACACGUCAUGUUUUACAUAGGCAUAGACGGCACGGAAGCCGCCGACAUGCUCCGCGAGCACGUUGGUCUCGACGACGCCGUCCCACUGCUCACCGCCGUCGACUUCCCGAAACGGCGCGCCGCCACCAUGCGCGUCGGCGCCGCGAUCACAGCUGACUCUACUCAACACUUCUUAGAUGCUUACCUUAGCGGCCAGGCCACGUAUGUGCCGCUACAGCCACAGACCGAUAAAUGUUAAACUAGUGUUGCCAUAUGAAAAUAUCUCUUCCAACGCUGUGGACUUCCCAACGGCGCGCCGCGACCAUGCGCGUCGGCGCCGCGAUCACAGCUGACUCUACUCAACACUUCUUAGAUGCUUACCUGAGCGGCGAAGCGACGUAUGUGCCGCUACAACCACAGACCGAUAAAUGUUAACUGUGUGACUAUAGGUACCAAAUGCCAAGAUUUCGUCUACUUCGAUUUCCUUAGGGGGAA